AAAAACAAAAAGAAAAAGACAUACAACAGCCGGUGUUCGCCAGUGGUCACCCACCUGACUACUAAUCUGCCUCUCAUUGGCUUGACUCUGGGAGAGCGGACGGGAUCCCGUAUAUUCCAAUGGAUAUGGUCGUAUGUGGCAGAAACCUGCGCUACAGUCCAC